AUGCACAUCCAAAGUCUUGUCAGUGUUUGCCUGGUUGCCCUAGCCGGCACCGCGGCCGCCCUGCCCCGACUCGCAGGCCCCUACGUCGGCCACCGCAUCGCAGUCCCAGUCCCUACCAAUGCUACAAUCGCUCAUAAUGCGACCACAACCGGGACCCGAAACAAAGCACCUUUGACAACGGGACUGUCAAUUCCGAAAAAUAAGACUACCAACAUCCACGCCUCGCAUGGACUGAACUCGAUUGAUAAGCCCACUAAGGGAAGCAACCAUUGCAAUGAGUUGUGCUCCUUGGAAGCUCAGACUUGCACCAUUGCUGUGCCUGAAGAUGACCAGUACUGCUGGCAAACCUAUACGCGAUGCAUGUCGAAAUGUCGACCGGAUAACUUCCAAAAGUAG